AUGGGGUUUUACCAUUAUCGGUGGGUGAUGAUGAUUCUUGUUGCCUUGGAGCUAUGCUUCUUCUACUCAUCACAAUCUCAACAUGACCUUACGUGCCAUCCACGUGACCUGGCUGCCUUGCGUGACUUCAUCAACGUCCUCGAGCCGAAGCCAGAUGGUUGGGCCUUGAAUUCUUCUGCAGACUGCUGUGAAUGGGUGGGAAUCUCAUGCAACUCUUCUUAUUCGCUUGGCUUAAACGAUCAAGACAACAACACUGCAAGAGUCACCAAGCUGGAGCUUGCGUACAGACAAUUGUCCGGUACGUUGUCUGAAUCUCUUGGUACCCUGGAUCAGAUUAGAGUUCUUAAUCUCUCCAGAAAUCCCAUCUUAGGCUCAAUCCCUCCGUCUGUUUUCAACCUGGUAAACCUAGAAACUCUAGAUCUGCGCUAUACCGAAUUAACUGGCAAAAUCCCUGAGAGCUUGAAUCUUCCUUCACUGGUAAAUCUCGAUCUUUCCUCUAAUUUGCUGGAUGGUUCGCUUCCUUCGCACGUUUGCCAAAACUCUACCAAGCUUAAGCUGAUCAGACUCGACUGGAAGGGAUUUUCCGGAGAUUUUCCAUCUGGGUUCGAGAAAUGCGCUCUGCUCGAACAGCUCUUCCUUGGACGGAACAAGCUCACUUGUAAGAUCCCGGAGGAUGUGUUUCAGCUUCAAAGGUUGAAACUUUUGGAGAUAAACGAUCUCUCUGGCUCACUCAGUCCUGCACUUGGUAACCUCUCUCGCCUUGUUCAUCUUGAUGUCUCUUGCAAUAAUUUCUCCGGUGAAAUCCCUGACGUGUUCAACAAAUUGCCGGAGAUAGAGUAUCUCAUGGCCGAGUCUAAUAGAUUCACUGGAGGUUUCCCCAAGUCGUUGGCGAAUUCACGGACUUUGAUCUUGCUUAACCUGAAAAACAACUCGCUGAGUGGUCCUUUGCAUCUGAAUUGUACUAUGAUGACUAACUUGACCUCUCUUGAUCUUGAAUCCAAUCAGUUAAAUAGCUCUUUGCCUGAGAGUCUAUCGUAUUGCAGAAAUCUGAAGUACGUUAGUCUAGCGCGAAACCACUUCGACGGGGAACUGCCAGAGAGCUACAAGAACCUCCAUAACUUGGAAUUUCUAUCGCUUUUAGAUAGCAGCCUUGUUAACAUUUCAUCGACGCUUCACACACUUCAGCACUGCAAGAACCUGACAACUCUAAUUCUCACUUCCAAUUUCGCCGAUGAAAUGUUGCCUGAUGACCCGAAUCUUCAUUUUGAGAAGCUCAAGGUAUUUGUUGUACAAAAUUCUAGGCUUACUGGUUCAAUGCCAAGCUGGUUGAGCAAAAGCACGGAUCUAGAGGUGUUGGACCUCUCAUGGAACAGUUUAACUGGAUCUAUCCCGAAUUGGAUCGGUGGUUUCGCAAAUCUUUUCUACUUGGAUUUGUCGAGGAACUCCUUCACAGGGGAAAUCCCUAAAGGCUUGACUAGGCUUCAGAGCCUCUCAAGCCGUGAUAACUCACUCCAGUGGUGUUACCCAUUCAUGUUAAGAAGGAACGAUUUUGUAAGAAAUCUUGGGUUUGACUUCAGACCAACGCUUGAUCUCAGCUACAACAAUCUCUAUGGACCCAUUUGGGAGGAGUUUGGGAAUUUGAAGAAGCUCCUUGUAUUUUCUCUGUGUGGCAACAGAUUAUCGGGAUCAAUCCCUAGCACGAUUUCGGAAAUGACAAGUUUAUGGGCUCUUGAUCUGUCAUACAACCGUAUUUCUGGUUCCAUCCCGGAAUCUCUGGAGAAACUAACAUCCUUAUCCAAGUUCGUUGUUGCUAACAAUAACCUCUCGGGCAGGAUUCCUUCUGGUGGUCGGUUUAUACUCUUUUCAAGGUUGGACUUCGAGGGAAACCAUUUCUGCGGUGGUGAUUACUUUCCUCAAUGUGAACUAGAUACACCACAUGAAGCAGAACAAUCAAGAACCAGUGACAGUGACUUUGUCUUGGAUUUUUCAUAUGGAGUGGCUCUUGGGUAUAGUUUGGCUUUGGUUAUUGCUGCUUAUCUCACCUGCUCAGCUUUUGAGCUUCCCGCUAAAUGA